AUGGUUGUAAAAGUAUAUGGUCCUGUGACUGCUGGUUGUCCUCAAAGGGUGAUGGUUUGCCUGUUUGAAGUUGGAGUUGAGUUUGAAGUUAAGCAUGUGGACUUGGAGCAUAUGGAGCAAAAAAAGCCAGAAUUCCUUCUUCUUCAGCCAUUUGGUCAAGUUCCGGUCAUUGAAGAUGGUGAUUUUAGGCUAUUUGAAUCGAGGGCAAUUGUUAGAUACUAUGCAUCAAAGCAUGGGCCAAAUUUGUUGGGAACAACACUGGAAGAGAAAGCCCAGGUAGACCAAUGGCUGGAAGUGGAGUCACACAACUUCAACGACAACUUAUUCGGUCUUGUUCUUCAGCUGGAAGUGUUUCCCAGAAUGGGACAGGGUACAGACUGGAAGUUAGUCCAACAUCAUGUGGAAGUUCUCAACAAGGUUCUUGAUGUGUACGAGGAAAGGCUGUCCAAGACCAAGUACCUGGCCGGAAAUUAUUACUCCAUUGCUGAUAUGUGUCACCUUCCUGGAAUCACAUUCCUGAUGACUGAAGGUAAACUGGGACAUUUGAUUAAGGACCGGAAGAAUGUGAAUUCGUGGUGGAAUGAUAUCUCUUCCCGCCCGGCUUGGAAGAAAGUUUUGGCGCUAGAUAUAUCAUCAAUCCACAACCAGAACUAG